AUGUUGACCGACUGGACACCCCCACCUUCCCACGGCGUCCGUGUCGUAAAGGAUCUAUUCAACCACUUUGACGUCGAAGCUAUUCGACCACGUGACAUGAUUCGUCCAAUACCGACAGAUUUAGGUUUGGGAAACGCUCGUCACAGAGGAAUUACCUGCUACUAUGUACUUUCUACUGAACGUGCUAAUCUGCAACUGCUAUCGUACCUGCUAACGUACCUGCCCCCACCUGUACAUGCCCCAACCUGUACCUGCAUCCGUACCUGCCCCACACCUGUACGUGCUACCGUACCUGUCUCGGUACCUGCCCCCACCUGCACUUCAACCGUACCUGCUUCCUACCUGCCCCCUCACUUGUACCUGCUACCGUUCCUGCUUUCACACCUGCCCCCACCUGUAUCUGCAACCGUACCUGCUUCCUACCUGCCCCCUCACCUGUACCUGCUACCGUUCCUGCUUCCUAACAUGCCUCCAACUGUAUCUGCCACCGUACCAGCUACCAUACCUGUUCCCCCCUGUAUCUGCUACCGUACCUGCCCCCACCUGUAUCUGCUACCAUACCUGCUCCCACCUGUAUCUGCUACCGUACUUGCUACCCUCUGUACCUGCUUCCGUACCUGCUCACCCUUGUAUCUGAUCUCUAACCUGCUACCCCACCUCCUGUAUCUGCCACCGUACCUGCCCCCACCUGUAUCUGCCACCGUACCAGCUACCAUACCUGUUCCCCCCUGUAUCUGCUACCGUACCUGCCCCCACCUGUAUCUGCUACCAUACCUGCUCCCACCUGUAUCUGCUACCGUACCUGCCCCCACCUGUAUCUGCUACCAUACCUGCUCCCACCUGUAUCUGCUACCGUACUUGCUACCCUCUGUACCUGCUUCCCUGUACCUGCUACCGUACCUGCUUCCGUACCUGCCCCACCUGUACCUGCUACCGUACCUGCUUCCGUACCUGCUCCCUCUGUAUCUCCUACCAUACCUGCUUACGUACCUGCCCCAUUUCCUGUACCUGCUACCGUACCUGCCCCCCCGCCCCCCCCCCCCCCUGUACCUCUUACCGAACCUGCCCACCCUGUAUUUGCUACCGUACCUGCUACCGCUACUGCCCCCUCCCUUGUAUUUGCUAACGUACCAGCGUCCGUACCUGACCUCCUCCCCUGUACCUGCUACUGUACCUGCGGCCGUACCUGCACCCCCUCCCCUGUACCUUCUACCGUACCUGCUCACCCCUGUAGCUAAUACCGUACCUGUGUCCGUCUCUGCCCCACCUCCUGUACCUGCUACCGUACCUGCUCCCACCCUGUACCUGCUUCCGUACCUGCUUUCCCCGGUACCUGCUACCGUACCUGCGUCCAUACCUACCCCAACCCCCUGUACCUGCUACCCUACCUGCUCUCCCCUGUAUCUUCUCCGUACCUGCUACCGUACCUGCCCGAAAUCCCCCCUCCCCUGUGCCUUCUACCGAACCUGCUCCUCCUGUAACUGCUACCGUACCUGCGUCCGUCUCUUCGCCACCUCUUGUACCUGCUACCGUACCUGCUCCCCCAUGUAA